GGGGGAAAUCAUGUACGCCACUUUGAUCCCCAUGGAGGAUAGAAGGUGAAAUAUAAAUGUUACUAUUAAUAAUUUAUUACCCGCCCUUCACCUUAAGAUUCCCGGGUGGAUCACAACGUUAAGAAGAAUUUAAAACAACUAUUUAAAAAACCCCACCGAGGAGGACAGGAGGAAUAACUCCUAUUUAUUUACUUAUACUAGGUUACUGCUUUUCGUUUCGAAAUAAUUCCGAAGUGGGGUACAAUAUUGGGGGGGGGGGACACAACUAAAUCGUACAGUCUUAUCAGUAACAAAGUGGGUGGGAACCAAGUAGUUAUUUUCGUGAAGAGCAGUGGCACAGAUUCAACCCAAAGGUUGGGUUGCAGGGUGAGUAAGUAGGUUGGUGCCAAAAGCUUAUCAGACUUUCUGUGCUUGGACAAUUUGAACAGCUAAAUAAAUGGCACGUCUUUACAUUGACACCUAACUUUUUCCACGGGAGAUGGACAAAUAAGAGAAAGUGCUUCCCAUGGUCAAAUUGUAGAACUCGCUUCUCAGUGCCAGUUGCUGGGAAUCACAAGUGAGGAGAGCUGCUGUUGUUCUCAGGUCCUGCUUUUGGGGUUCACAUUUGGAAAUCUGGAGACUAUGAGAACAGAAGGCUGCACUAAUACUAAUACUAGAUUGGUCAUUAGCCUGAACCAGCAUUGAAAGAGUCUUCGUAUGUUCUCCACCCCAUUUAUUCUUCACGACCAUCCUGUGCGGUAGGAUAGGCAAAGAGAUAACACAACUGGCCCAGGAAGCUUCAUCACCUAAAUACGUCCAAGCACAGAAACUGCAGUUAAAUACAUAGAGAAUACUGUAUGCUGGCAUUCUGAGCAACCAGGCUCCAUGGCCUCCUCAGCCCGGGGGAAUAUUGCCAAGCCAAGUCGGUUAAAGUGUGAUUACCACCUGGUGUCUUCUUACAUUUUUGCAUAUUGCCUAGCCCCGUAUCGCGAGAAACUACAAUUCCCACAGUAUCUAGCGUCUGUCCUCAUUGGCUGAAUCCACCGUGGAGCUGUCAAAAGACUGGCGACGGUUCCGCCCUCUUAGCGAGAGACUACAUUUCCCGGCAAAUCCUGCGACCCUCCCGGCGGCACUUCCUAACCUUGAUUGGUUUCGGCGUGGAACUGACAAAGCCUCUGCCCAAUGGAAAGUGGAGCGGUGAUAAGGGGGUGGGCAAGGAAGCUUGACCCGUCUCCGUCGACCAAUAGAAACCGCGCAGGCGUGGGCCAAUGUGCAUAGCCGUUGCUGGCAGGUGAGGAAGCGGUGCUCUGAGGGUGCAGCGGUAGCAGCGGCCCAGGCAUGGGCAGCUUGUGCUCUUCUUCUCUCUUGACCUGAUCCCACCUUGCUCUCCGGCCGGCGAUGGCGAGCACUUCCCGGGACGUGGAAAUCUGCGACGAGGCCGUGAGGGGCACCUGCGACGACGCCUCCCUCUGCAAGCGAUAUGCAGUAAACGUUGGCUACUGGAAGGAUCCUUACCUUGAUUAUUUUGUGAGGCUGCCAAAAGAAAGGAAGGCGCCUGAAAUCAGCCGUGGGUAUUAUGCCCGUGUCCAGGGAGUUGGCCGCUUACUUAAGGCUUUCUUGCAGAAGACUGAAUGCAACUGCCAAAUUAUCAACCUGGGGGCUGGCAUGGACACUCUGUUCUGGAAAUUAAAGGAUGAUAAUCUGCUUCCAAUAAAAUAUUUUGAAGUUGACUUCCCAUCUAUAGUCACAAGGAAAAUCCACCACAUCAAAUCAAAACCUCCCUUGUCAAAACCAAUUAUGGAAAGCCAUUCAGGGGAAUCUCUUCUAAUGGAUGCUCAUAGCCUAGACUCCAGCCGCUACGCCAUUGUUGGUGCAGAUCUCCGAGAGCUGGCCAAACUAGAGGAGAAGCUGAAGACAUGCAACAUGGAUCCACAUUUGCCAACUCUCCUGUUGGCAGAAUGCGUCCUGAUCUAUAUGACCCAAGACCAUUCUGCGAACCUCCUCAAGUGGGCGGCUGGCCUGUUCCAGGCCGCCAUGUUUAUCAACUACGAGCAGGUGAAUAUGUCUGAUCGAUUUGGGCAGAUCAUGGUUGAGAACUUGCAGAGCCGGAAGUGCAGCCUGGUUGGUGUGGAUUACUGCAAAUCUCUGGAUUCCCAGAAGGAACGUUUCCUGCAAAACGGCUGGGAAACAGCAAAUGCCAUCGAUAUGAUGAAAGCCUAUAAUUGCUUGCCGAAAGAUGAUGUCAGAAGGAUAGAAGCACUUGAGUUUCUGGAUGAGAAGGAACUGCUCGAACAGCUCAUGCAACAUUACUGUCUGUGCUGGGCUACCAAGGAUUCCAGUAACCUGGGCCUUGCGGAGAUUGCUCUAUAGUGCGUUUGCUCCAGUGGAGCUCGAGGCGAAUCUGCUGCCCUCUCCUGGUGGGGCUCCGCAUGCAUCAGUGCCAGCCUGCCCGCCAGCCCUCCAUCGCUGGUAUCCUGGGGAACUUGAGCAGUGGAGCAUUUUGCAGGGACAGUCCCUCUCACUGCCGGCCCUGAGUCAUCUUGCCAUGUUUCAAAUAAAUCCCCAAUUUUGCAAGCAACUGAAUAACAAGACUCUCUUCCCUUCUCUGCCUGCUCCUGGGACCUGUCCUUUGGAAUUACUACAGAAAGGAGCGUUUGGGGUUUUUCAGAUGUGUUAGAUGAUGGAAGUCUGGUGGUCCGAAUGUGCUCAUCCUCUCUGUUGCACUGGGGCCGGGGAAGGUUGGUUGAGCCACUCUUGGGAGGGAGUGGAACAUACUGGUGGGAAAUAUACGUUUAUAUUUUCUCCGUUGAACUUGAAGGCUCCCCUCCUGUCAUGUGUGCCUCUCUUUAUUUUGUGGGGUGUGGCUCCUGGUCUGUCCCCAGCCCCUGCUGCAGUGAGGUGUCUGUUCCCUCUGUGUGAACUUCAUCAGCGGGGCUGGCCCACCUAUGUGGCAGGAUCCACAGAGGCAGCAGACCCGUCCUCAGAGGAAUGCUUUGCCCCCUGUGGUGCCCUCCUUGGAGACUGGAUCUGCUCCCCCAAUGCCACCUCUACAGUGGCCCCUUGGCUAAUAGUAUGCACUGCUGGUCUCCUCCCAAUGUAGAUCUUCCCUCCCCACCUUGUUCCUGAUGUAAAUCAUCACUCAUCCCUUCUUCCCUGACGGGUGGUAUGCCAUUUUGAGGUUUGCCUCAGGUGCCAAAAUGUCUUGGGCUGGCCCUGCUCCUCAGCUGUGUCAAGGGCUGGCUGGCUGGCUGUGUUGAAAUGUACUCUUAACUCACCUGUAGCAAGGGUUAAUAAACUGGGUUUUUGUAACAUUG